AUGACUGCCCCUCUUACAGUAGCUCCAGCUAUAUCAGCACACUCACGAGAUACAAAGCAUUUAUCUAAAUUGGUGACGAUUGUUUUCCGCCAAUUUGAAGAGUUUGAAAACGAUGUUGCCGAAAGUGUACAAUCUUUUGUGGGAGCAUAUCCCAAUAUUCCAAUUGUUAUACUAAGUCAAAGUCCUCAAUACCCACCUUUUCAGUUUUCUGCGUCGAAUAAUACAUUGCGCAAUGUGAAAAUUGUGUCAUUAGACCUCAAACUCGACUCACCACCCAGGGAACUCCAGCCAUUAUCCUACAUUACCACAGAGUAUGUGUUAUUUGUGCCUGACUCCGUACGAGUUUCUCGUCGUCUACUUCAGCAGUUAAUUUUAGCUGCUACAAGUGCUCCAUUUUUGGGAAUUGCGGUAGGAGUAGGUUCUUCUCGCUUAGUAUGUCAGCAAAUUAAAUGGAACUUCGUAGAUUGGACAUUGCAAUAUAGUAAGGAUGCUUCCGGCAAACUUUGUGAUUCUGUCCAAGGCCAACAUACCCUUUUAUUAAAAACAACAGUAUUGGAAACGCUUCCAGAACCAUUUUUGUUUCCUUUUCCUGAAUCACUCUAUCUUCAAACUGCUGUUCGGAAGAUCAAAAUACAGAUUCUAGAUGGUAAAUUUAGUUCAGGACGAAGUGUCCUUAAGACCCCAGUAGCAAAACAAAAAGCUUCUAGGAGACUCAGAGACUUCAGAAUUAACCUCUAUAGACAGCUGGGAGUGAAGGCUGUUGUUAGGGAUGAUGGAAGAGUCCAGUGGUACGGAUGUAAGCGGGAAACUCAGCGCUGUUAUCCACCUGUACAAGGAACACCAUCAUACAUACUCGCUGGUCGCAACACGCCACCCUGCUGCAGGCGAAAUAUACGGCGAACUGUCGCUCAUGUCCUCAGAGCCCUACUGCAAGCAGGAGCAAGAUGCUGGCUGGAAACCACAUCCUUACUUGGUGCUGUUGCACGAGGUGAUCUAUUACCCUGGGCGGAAUAUGCGGAGAUAGGUGUCCAUGCUGCUGACUUGACUCGAGUAUCCUGGCUUCAGCGAGGAGGAGCAGACAACGACGGUUUCGUGUGGGAGAGAGCGACAAAGGGCCACUACUAUAGAGUCGCUUAUUCCGCCACAAACAGAGUCUACGUUCUUAUACUGCCCUUUUCACAAAGGAAUGGUACGAUGUGGCCGGCUGACUGGGUCAUGGCUCAUCAGAGGGAGUUUCCUGAGAGGCAUUUGCAUCCACUUGCUCAGAUUCAAUUCGCUGGCCGGCAAGCACCGGCACCGAACGACGCACGCGCAUUCCUCGAUCUCAAAUUGGGUGCCAAUUCUCUGGAGAGGUGCCAGAAAAUUGGGCCUAAGCUUAUUUACCCUUAA